GGCCAGAGAAAGAGGAGGAAGGCCAGCAAGGAUGGUGGUGAUCGGGGCUUGGAUCCGCGACUGGCAGUUCACGGCUGGUAGUCAGCGGGCAGUGUCAGUUAGUCAUUCAGCCAGCCGGUUGUCUGCUCCGAUGGCAGAGCUGUUGAUCGCGCCUUCGAUCACAUCGUCAUGAUCCUGCCGCGCGUCCCGACACGCACCAGUCUCGACCGUGUUCUCGUCGUUUGACUUUGUUUUCUUCCUCGGGCCCGUCGAUUUUCCAUAUAAUUCAUUGUCCCAUGGACUGGUCCGGGAGACGGGGUUGAUCGUCGAAAGCGCGAGUGUCGGUUAAAAAAGAGAGCGAGCGUUUCAAAAGUGUGUGCGGAUGCGAAGGGGAACGAUCCUUUCCACCGGAGAAGUGACAAAGUGAGAGGAACCGCAGCGCGACCUUGGGGAGGAUCUCGAGGAGGACCUCCGCGAAGAGGUGUCUCUGACUGGAAUAAAGCGACGUAAAGGCGACCACGGAUGGUUAAUGAUAUAGUCGAAAAGUAGAAACAUUUGUCACCCGUUGAAGAGUUCCGUCACAACAUGGUCACUGUUCCUAGCGACAGGUGUGACGUAAUGAGCGAGUACGAACGUAUCAAGCGUUCGUGCUUGAAACGAGGUGAACUGUGGGAGGAUCCCGAAUUUCCAGCCACUCAGACGUCGGUCUUCUAUCAUCAAACCCCGCCAUUUCAGUUUCAAUGGAAACGACCAAAGGAAUUAUGCAAUCGACCGAUUUUCGUGAGCGAUACACCGGCACAGUUCGACGUGAUACCCGGCAAAAUGGGCGACAAAUGGCUGGUGUCCUGCCUGGGCGUUCUCCACCUGAGCAAAGGACUCUUCUACCGGGUGGUACCAGCGGACCAAGGUUUCGGGAGCACCGGUGAGCCCUCGGGAUCGCCGACCGCCGAAUACGCCGGCGUAUUCAGAUUCCGGCUAUGGUGGUGCGGCGCGUGGGUCGAGGUUCUCGUCGACGACAGGCUGCCAGCGAUUCACGGGCGGCUGGCUUUCGUGCAAAGCCGUCACAGUGAUCAAUUCUGGCCAGCUCUUCUGGAGAAAGCGUACGCCAAGCUCCACGGCUCGUACGAGGCGCUCAAGUAUGGCACCCUCUUGGACGGGCUGUCUGAUCUCACGGGGGGAAUCACGGAGAGCAUCGCGAUACGCCAGGACCCGACCGCCUGCGGGAGGGCACUCGCGAAACUUCUCGAUAUGACGUCCCUAAUCACCUGUACAGUAAAUAACAAUCAGCAGCAGAUUCGCGCCAGCACGGAAAAACUCGCCAAUGGCAUCCAAAUGGGCAUCAAUUACAGACUCUACGCUAUUGUAAGGGUGGAGACAUUCAGUGGCGAGGCAGUCCCGUUAGUAAAAUUAAGAAAUCCUCUUGGUCCUGGUGGGGAGUACGUCGGUGCUUGGGCAAGAGGUGGCCUCGAAUGGGAUGAAAUACCGCCGAUGGAAAGGGAACGUUUAGCGGUCAGAAACAUGGCCGAGGGGGAAUUCUGGAUUUCUUACUCAGACUUCGUGAGAACGUUCACUCACCUGGAAGUCGUGCAUCUCGACGCCGAAACGUCGAGGGACGAGCCGUCGUUGCAUAGCAAGCACACUUGGCAAAUGAAACUCUAUCAAGGCAGCUGGAGGAGAGGCGUUACCGCGGGAGGAUGUCGAAACAAUCAAGAAACUUUCCACAUCAACCCGCAGUUGCACCUGAUUCUUAGCGAGAUGGAGGAAGUGAUUGUUUCGUUGAACCAACAUUCCAUCAUGGAACCAAAAGUCAUAGGCUUUACAGCAUACACAUUGCCGAAGAACAACACGGAGUCCAUAAACAGAAAAUUUUUCAAGAAAAAUAAGUCAUUGGUGAACUCGCAGUACACGAACAGCCGGCAAGUGAGCCACAGGUGUCAAUUAGAACAAGGCGGUUAUUUGUUAGUGCCGACCACCUUCGAGCCCACGCAGGAAACAAGUUUCACAUUGCGAGUGUACAGUAGUAAGCCCUUGGAACUCAAACUUUUGGAUACACCGCCGUCCUUGAUGAAGUCGGCCAUCGUGAAAGCACCACCCCUUGAAGGCAAGGGUUUCUCGCAGUAUGAAGCAGUUUUCCUGCAACUCGCCGAUGAACACAGAACAGUGAACGCUUUUGAACUACAAGAGCUUCUCGAGGCUUGUUUACCGAACGACUACAUCAAAAGCUGCGCUUGCAUGGAAGUUUGUCGACAAGUGGUCCUCACAAUGGACAGCUCUGGUAGCGGUCGGUUAAAGUUCAACGAUUUCAAGGAUCUCAUGUGCAGUUUGAAGUACUGGCAAGCUGCAUUCAAGAAACACACUAAAGAGAAGACUGGUAUCCUUAAGGCUGAACGUUUACGCGACGCCUUGCUGGAAGUUGGAUUUCAAUUGAACACGGACGUGCUAUCAAUUUUAAUUCUACGAUACAUGAGAAAGGAUGGGACGCUCAGAUUCGGUGAUUUCGUCUCAGCGAUAUUGCACUUGAGUGACGCGUUCGGAAUAUUCGAGAGUAAAGAUCCCUUGCAGAAUGGAACUAUAAAAUUAAGCCUAGCAGAGUGGCUGAGAUCGUCCUUGAUGUGUUAAAUCAAUCGACCGACGCGAUGUUAAUGUACCUUGAAACAAAUAUCUGUAAAUAAUGUUUUUUAUGUCGUAUGUAGAUUUAAGUUAUAGCCAUAUUAACGGUUAAUGAUCGAGCCCAUCGUUUUAUUGCUGUUUGUAAAAUAAUGUCAUUUUUACUUUCAUUAGCGAUCAUCAUUCCAUCAUCCGAUAAAACAUUCUAAAAUAACUAUGUAUAAUAUGUUGUUUGUAUAAGAAAUUCGUACUGGAUAAUAAAUUUAUCGUUAUUUUGUACAGCCCCCUUAUCCGAGACCCGCAUAAGUAGUUAUAUCUAAUUAAUGUCUAAUAAAGAAAUAGAUUUUAAAGUGUAAUUUAUUAAUAAAUAUGCAAAUUCAUGUAUGUGUAUAUAUACAUAUAUAUACAUAUAUAUAUUAAUUCACAAAGAAUUACAUAAGAAUUUAUUUAAUUUCUUUCAACUUCGCCGAAGUUGAAUGAAAUCCUUAUUAUUUAUUAUUUUAUUAGCGUUAUACAGUUUUAUACAUAUACAAAUAUAUUUAAUCUGCAAUUGACUUAUUAAAUAGACAAAUCGAGGCGUGCAUGAAACAGAAUUGUGAGCAUUACACCUAAAAACAGGAAAUAAAAUUUAUUCCCAAACAAUAAUAAUUAUGGAAAUUUUUGUUAUCCCUUUGCAAAUUAAAUAUAUUUAACGUGAAAGUGUGAAUUCACGUAAACCAUCGCGAAAAAGCACGUGCACCAAGCAAUGACGGGCAAGAAUAGAUUCACGUAAAAUCUCAUGCGCAUGGGUGUGUGAAAGCGUUCACUUGACCAUUGAAUAGUCGAUAUUUUUAAACUUAAUGAAUACUAUUGCUAAUGUGGUUACGAAAACGCACACGAACUAUUCAUUUUACAGUUCUUGCAAGGUGAUGAAAAACA